CACUUUUAUGCGUGUCGCGUUGCGGAACACACACACACGCGCGCACACGCCACGUCCGCGACACCUGUUUGCUUUCCGGGAGGUGCGACGCAAAGCAGCUCGACGGAUUCCGAAAGCUUCAGCGCACGCCGCGCCGCGCCGCCGAUGACUUCUUCGAGCGACAGGAAGUGCUGGCGCGUUGAAUCUGGCGAGUAGGCGUGGUCUUGCCCUCGCGUCUCACUCUCGGUCUCCGGCACUUUCUUGUCAUCUGGAGGAGGGAAGAAGCCGCACCGAAAGCUCCUGCUUCCUUCUUUCCGGUGAGCCCGGGCCUCUCGGCUGAUCGCCGGCGGCCAUGUUGGCUCAAAGCCAGCCCGCUUCCAGCACGCUGCAACUGGUCGCCAGCGACGUGAGCGGCAUCAUGGAGACCCUGGACGCCCGCGAGCUCGACACGGGCGACGCGGGCGACGCGAGCGCCGGCGGCGGACCGCCAGGGGACGGGCUGCCCUUCCUGGCGGUGUACAAGACGGCGGGCUUCAAGGACAGCAAGUCGGCCUUCCUGUCGCGUCCCGUCACCGCCAAGAUCCUGGAGGUGGAGCGCUUCACGCCGUCCCAGGACCGCUUCAACGUCGGCCGGGAGAGGAGCGUCAGCAAGUCCACGGGGGCGGUGUACAAGAUCGAGAUGAAGCACGGCGAGUUCACGUGGUUGGUGAAGAAGAAGGAGAAACACUUCCACGAUCUCCACAGAGACCUGAAGACGUACAAGGCCGUCCUCCACCUGUCGCUGCCCACCCGCAGUCACACCAUCAGGAGGCAGACGGCCGGCGGGGGGGGCAGGGACAUCCCCAACCUGCCCAGAGGAGGCGGAGACGAGCUGGUCCGCGAGGAGCAAGUGUCCAGCCGCAAGAAACAACUAGAAGAUUACCUCAACAAGCUCCUGGAGAUGCCCACGUACCGCAACUACCACGGCAUGAUGGAGUUCAUCGACGUCAGCCAGCUGUCGUUCAUCCACGAUCUGGGUCCGAAAGGCUUAGAAGGGAUGGUUCUGAAGCGCUCCGGCGGCCAUCGGAUCCCCGGACUCAACUGCUGCGGUCAGAGCAAGAUGUGUUACCGCUGGUCCAAACGGUGGCUGGUGGUGAAGGACUCGUUCCUGCUGUACGUGAAACCCGACUCGGGCGCCAUCUCCUUCGUCAUGCUGUUCGACAAAGAGUUCGCCGUCAAGAUGGACUCCAAGGACACGGAGACGCAGCACGGCGUGCGCGUCGACAGCCUGUCCAGGUGCCUAGUGCUGAAGUGCAGCAGCUACCGGCACGCGCGCUGGUGGGGGCAGGCCAUCGAGGGCUUCGUGCAGGAGCGCGGCGCCGCCUUCCUGACCGACCAUCGCUUCGGAUCCUUCGCCAGGCGAGAGGAGGACGUCCCGGCCAAAUGGUACGUGAACGGGAAGACUUACAUGGAAGAUGUGGCCGACGCUCUGGAGGAGGCCAAAGAAGAAAUCUUCAUCACAGACUGGUGGUUGAGUCCCGAGAUCUUCCUGAAGAGGCCCAUCGUGGAGGGCAACCGCUGGCGUUUGGACCACGUGCUGCGGCGCAAAGCGCAACAAGGCGUCCACGUCUACGUGAUGCUCUACAAGGAAGUGGAGCUGGCGCUGGGCAUCAACUCGGGCUACAGCAAACUCACGCUGCGCCACCUGCACCCCAACAUCAAGGUGAUGCGCCACCCGGACCACGUGUCGUCGGCCGUGUACUUGUGGGCGCAUCACGAGAAGAUCGUGGUCAUCGACCAAUCGGUGGCCUUCGUGGGCGGGAUCGACCUGGCGUACGGUCGCUGGGACGACCGCGAGCACAGGCUCGCCGACGUGGGCAGCGUGACCUUCUCGCCAAGCCAGCAGGCCGAGGCGUCCUCGGGCGGCGCGGCGGCCCCGGCCGACGGCGGCGGCGGCUACGGCAACCCCGCCUUCUCGGCCGACGAUGCGGCGGUGCAGCCCAAGAUCAAAGGUCAGGGCAGGAUGAGGCGGGCCAAGAUGAGCAUCAAGCGGCACCUGCGGAAACACGGACUCGCCCACGCCGACAGCGACGACGACCUCGACCCCGACCCCGACUGCGCAGGCGAGGCGCCGUAUAGGUCGCCGGUUCUCAACCGUGUUUUUCUAUUGUUGCGAGGUCGCGACCCAUUUUCAGAAGUUAAGAACGAUGAUUUGUGUUCGUCGCUCCAAAAACAUCCCGUCCGGACACGAUUUGAUAUUUUCAAAGGCGCCUGUAAAACACGGAAGUACCUCUUGUCAUCGCUUCCCUACUAUGUUCGGCGGCACGUUUCAGAAAGCGACGCGGAGCGGCUGGCGCGGUCGGGCGGUGACGACGGCGACCUGUGCGGCGACACGCGCUUCUGGCACGGCAAAGAUUACUGCAACUUUGUGCACAAAGACUGGAUCGAACUGGACAAACCUUUCGACGAUUUCAUCGACCGCCACGUGACGCCCAGGAUGCCCUGGCACGACAUCUCGUCGGUGGUUCACGGCAAAGCGGCGCGCGACGUGGCCAGACACUUCAUCCAGCGCUGGAACUUCACCAAGAUCGUGAAGCCGAAAUAUCGUCUGCUGUCCUUCCCGUACCUUCUGCCCAAGUCGCACACCACCGCCGGGCAUCAGCGCUACCGAGUCCCGGGAUGCGUCAACGCCAACGUUCAGAUCCUCCGCUCGGCGUCCGACUGGUCGGCCGGCAUCAAGUACCACGAAGAGUCCAUCCACAACGCCUACGUGCACGUCAUCGAGAACAGCCGCCAUUUCAUCUACAUUGAGAAUCAGUUCUUCAUCAGCUGCGCGGACAACAGGCACGUCUUCAACAAGAUCGGCGACGCCAUCGCCGAGCGCAUCAUCAAAGCGCACAGGGAGGGCGAAAAGUACCGCGUGUACGUGGUGACGCCGCUGCUGCCGGGCUUCGAAGGCGACAUCAGCACCGGGGGGGGCAGCGCCAUCCAGGCCAUCAUGCACUUUAACUACAGGACCAUGAACAGAGGCGACCACUCCAUCAUCUCGCAGCUGAAGAGAGAAAUGGACGACCAGUGGAUCAACUACAUCUCCAUCGCCGGCCUGCGGACGCACGCCGAGCUGGAGGGGAAGCUGGUGACCGAGCUCAUCUACGUGCACAGCAAGAUGCUCAUCGCCGACGACAACGCCGUCAUCAUCGGCUCGGCCAACAUCAACGACCGCAGCAUGCUGGGAAAGCGCGACAGCGAGGUGGCCGUGCUCGUGGAGGACUCGGAGACGGUGGCGUCGGUCAUGGACGGGCGGGCGUACCGGGCGGGACGUUUCGCCCUGCGGCUUCGCGUCGAGUGCUUCAAGACCAUUUUGGGCGCUCACGGCGACCCGAGCAUCGACGUGUCGGACCCGAUCAGCGAUCAGUUCUACAAGGAGGUCUGGAUGAGCACGUGCGCUCGCAACGCCACCAUCUACCAGAAGGUUUUCCGCUGCCUCCCGUCCAGCGACGUGCGCAACAUCCUGGAGCUGGACGGCUACCUGGGCAAGCCGGGCCUGGACCGGGACGACCCGGCCCGGGCUCACGAGGAGCUCCGCAAGAUCCGCGGAUUCGCGGUGCAGUUUCCGCUGCAGUUCCUCGCCGAGCAGAACCUUCUCCCGCCCAUCGGCUCCAAGGAGGCCAUGGUGCCCAUGGAGGUUUGGACCUGAGGCCUCUCGGCAGGACUCGCGGGAAGCUAACGGCUCGUCGGCGCCGCGCAGGUUCUGCGGAACUUCACCCAGAAACUCUUUUUUCUUUCUCCUACCAAACCUCAUCGUAAAGCGAAAGACCGACGGCAACGGCUCACGUGGCGAACGAAACGUCUCCCGGGCGGACGUUGUUCUCGUAGCGAGCUCGCGCGCUCCUCCGUCCGUGACCGACGCGACGUCGUCGGAACGCCGAGAAGACGCUCGCAGCUCCUCGGACGUCAUCGGCGCGCGUGGGACGUCGUCGGAGCGCGACAAAGUCGCCUUCCCGCGGGAGCGUGUGUCUGCCUCGCCGUCCUCCAUCUUGUUUGCACGCGGCAUGCUCACGUUACCCACGCAACGAAUCUUCUCUUGUCCUCUUCCUUGUCCUCCUCCUCCUCCCUCUUUUUUCCUCGCCGUCCUUUCUCCUCCUCCUCCUCCUCCUCAUUCGCGGUGUCCUUCUUCGCCAUCUUCAGGCUGCCUCGAAAUGUGGAAAGGAAGUGCGCGUUGUUGUUCUCCAUGUUUUCUGUUUGUCCUCCAACAAAUAAAGCAACCGUGAAGUAAA